AUGCAUUUUUCAAAGACCUAUGCUCAGCUUCUGCUGAGCCUACCCCCUGAACUUCGCGAAAACGCCAUUCAAUACCGUCAGUUGAAAAAACUGAUUAACCAGAUCGUCACAGAGCUUUCAUCCCUCGGCUUGAGCCCCGCACUGCUGCACGAAAUUAUUUCACCUCCUUCUCCUGCAGCUUCAAGCGACGUUGACGACCGAGCGGAUCAAACGUCUCUCGCAAGCUCUGAAAGCGGCACAUCUGCGGUUCUGCCACCAGACAUUGAAGAGUGGUUCAAGACCUCUGGCUUCCCUAAAGUUGUCUACGAGCUCUCCGGAUCUUCCACCAACAUUUUACCGCAGCUGAGGCUGUGGGUCAGUGUGCCGGAGUCCAAACCCAAGGAGAGCAAGCUUUUGGAAUUUCAGUCCGACGAUGAAGAGGUGGAAGGAUCGAAAGAUUCUUCUGAUCAUGGUCAAGAGGGCGUAACGCACACCCUGUUCUGGUCCUUACAGCAGAUGCAACUAAAGGGUGCCCCCAAUCUCCAAGCCAUUACAUCCGGAGAUCUUUCGCAUCCCACUGGCAGAACCCAAGAAGUGGUGGUACCCCUGAUUCAUGACACUGAAUUUUUCCACAACCUCUCGACUGCCCUUUCCUCGGUGUCCACGCACCUUACGACCGUUCACGCCGAAUUUCGAACCACAAUUCAAGAGCUUUCUCGCACCAUCGGAGACUCUGCGCUACCUGCCUCCGUCACCUCAAGGGGCUCAUUCCAUCCGCAUUCGGGGCUAACAUCGCAUGCGGGGAUGAUCCGCAGCCCAAACAGAGAAUCGGACAAGAGCGACUUAUUUUCUUGGCGGGAGAUAUUCCAGCUUUACGUUGAGGCUGAGGUAUUCGAGAGUGUUGGGGAGCAAACGAGAGGAGAGCUGACCGUUGAGGAGAGUGAGAAACGGCUCAAACUUUUUGCGGAGCGGGCAACACAGAGGGGCCUCGGGGAUUCAAGGAAGUUCAAGUUAAAGCAGAGCAGGGUAGCUCUAGAGACAUUUUUAGGAUUAAAUUUAUUCAUUUUAAAUGUUAAGAAGUUCUCACACGCAAACUCGGAAGCGGCGCGCAAGAUUCUCAAGAAACACACCAAGCGCACAUCGCUACCCCUACCAGGACUAACCUCUGAGCCGGACGCCUUAUCUCCCCAGCUCACAGCUCUCUUUUCCCAGAUGCACACGACUACGCUUCCCCGAACAAUGGUUCAAGCCAUUGGCGAGACCCUCCUCCCCAUCAUACCCCAUCUAGACGACUACUCGUGCUUGAUAUGUAUGAGCAUCGCGUUCAAACCAAUACGUUUGAACUGCGGGCACCUCUUUUGCGUGAGGUGCUUGGUGAAGAUGCAGAAACGGGGACAGGGUGAUUGUCCCAUGUGUCGUGCGCCUGUGGUGUUGAUCGCUAAUCGAUCAAAUGUGGACUGGGCGCUCUUGAACUUUAUGCAGGAUUGGUUCCCUGUCGAGGCCAAGGAGAAAUUGGAAGCUAACGAGAAGGAGGCUGCAGAAGAGCAGAUGAAAGAGUUGGGGCUUGAUCCUGACAAGCCUUGUGUUAUAAUGUAG